AAAAAUUGAAACCACUCGCCCUUAACCAGUAGCGCCUUCACCGAACCCAACCCAAAUAUAAGCGCUCACCUACUCACUAACCGUAGCAGUGUAGACGAAGAGAGAGCCGAUCAGAGUGAAAAGGCCUUCAAACCCAGAUGGCCGAACCAAGCAACAAGGGUGGUUACAAUUUGAGAAAGAGAAGGAAAACAUGUGGUUUGGUGGAUAGAAUCAGUGGAAUGCCGGAUGAAAUUGUAGUGAGUAUAUUGUCUUUCUUGCCGCUGAGGGAAGCACAGGCUACUUGUAUCUUGUCUAGGAGAUGGCAUUAUGUGUGGGCGUCUCUCAUGACUCUCAACUUUGACACCAAGAAAAGGUUGAGCACCUUGAAGGGUCUGAAGCCGAAAGAACGAGACCAGGGCCUUAUCAAGAGGUAUGCUAAGUGGGUCAACAGCGUGGUUGAACAGCAUAGAGCCCCAUGCAUUGACCAGUUCCGUGUUUCGUUUUAUCUAGACAAGAGUUUUUCGAGUUCUAUUGAUAAGUGGGUUGAGUUUGCGCUGAAAAAGGGUGUUCAAAUGCUGGAGCUGAAUUUGUUAGAAUAUGUCUAUUAUUGCAAGAUCAAACCGGGAUAUCCUUUUCCCCAGCAACUUUUGGGUCUCAACAGAGAAGGUGAAGAGUCUGCUUGGAAGCACCUGUGUCGUGAUGGUCCAAGUCGUCAACCCUGCGUGUGCGUUGGCUUUAAGUCACUCAGAGUUCUUACCUUGGAAUGUGUUGACAUCUCUGGAGAGGUUCUCGAGUACUUUUUGCGCAGUUGUCCGGUUCUGGAAAGGGUUUCGGUGUAUGGCUCCUCAACGUUGGUUUAUCUACGAGUUGUCGGUCCAUCAAUUGCAUUGAAGCACUUAGUGAUACAAAGAUGUAGCAACGUCGUAGGCAUUGAGAUAGUUGAUGCAGAUGUCAUUUCAUUUACUUAUGAUGGUGGGGAGGGAAUACAUUUGCGUCUUGAGAAUGUACCACAUCUUGUUGAGGUAUCCAUUUAUGAGCACCGUGAAUAUUACUCUUUUUUAAGCAUUGAUGUUCUCUUUGCCAGCCUUUCCUCCUGUGUUUCUCAGCUGGAGAUUCUGAAAAUGAAUAAUACGAUACUGUACUACAGGGAGAGUUAUAUGGUUCCCAUGUUACCAAAUCUCAAGCUUUUGGGAUUAUCCUUUAAAGAUGAUGAGGCACUAAUGCAAUUGGCUUCCUUCUUGAAAUCAUCUCCUUGCGUUGAAAGGCUUGUGAUACAUUUGCACUACUCAAUAUCAAAUCGAAAAAAAUGCCACUUUAAGAAUAAGAAAGCUGCCAAAUGCUCCCAUGCAGAUCUCAAGGCCGUGAAAUUGGUAGGUUAUGAUGGCAGCACGCGCGAAGAUGAAAUUGUCAAGUACUUGACAAAAACUGCGAUCAACUUGGAACAAAUUGUUAUCGAUCCUGCCCGGAAUUGGCUUUAUAGAAUUCCAAAAAGGAAGGAUGCAAUGAGAAGAGAAGAACAAGUAAGAGCUCAUUUUCGGCAGCUCAAAGUGCCUUCAAAUAUAGACUUUGUAUGCUUGUAAGGAGUUUUGAUUGUAAAGAUUUGCUUUUACUGAUGUGUAUAUAAGUUCAGUUUGAUUUUACGUUACUAGGAUUCAGAAAUAUGAACAAGAAAUAGCAUAUUAGACAAAUAUGUUAAUAUAAUAUCUACCAAGAAUUUAGUUUCAUCAUAUGUUUGUUAGAUACAUUCCAGCUAUUAAUUGGUGACCAACUACUUGGCACUUUUUUAGUUUC